ACCGCACUGUGCACUGUGGAAAUUUGCUCCACUGCCAGCGAACUGAUUAGAGAAAUCCUUUUGUUUCAAAAGAAAUGUUAUCAAGAAGCAAAUUAUUAGUUUAGUUACCCAAUUAGUGCAAUCAUUUAAUUUGCUUUUGAAAAAAUAAGGAUAAACACCAAAAAGAGUGUCGCUUUAAAGUGCUGCCAACGAAUCCAAAACAAAGGAAAGCGAGCGAGAACAGUUAAAGUGACUCACACUCCCCAUUGCCAUUUAGCAUUAUUUCCAAUACCAAUUGCCAUUGUCACUGCCUGUUGCGCUAUAUCCGCAUUGCGUUCCACAAACAACAACAACAACAAGAACGAAUAUAAAAACGAAACGAGCUUUCUAUAUAAUAUAUAUCCUCGUCUUCAUAUAUGGCUAUGGAGGUGGAGCCAGAACGAGAACUUGGCAUGCUGCAAAAGCAUCGCAAACACAUUGAAUCGAACAUCACGAAGCUGAUCAAUUGCACAGACUACAAGGCGCUGAUGACUGAAUCUGUCAACAUUGGCCUCCUCACUUUAACCAUGCGUCACAACAUCGAGGAGCUCAAUACAGGCGAGGCAUACAACAAGUCCGCUGUGGAUUUGCAGCACGAACAGCAUCGCAAGUACUUCGAGAAGAUCACGAAACGUGGUCCACAUGCCUACGAAGCACUGAAGACAGUCUUUAAGCGGCUGAGACUCAUGGAUGCGUUGCGCAUACUCGAGUCGGUGGAUGACUCCAAUGGUGGUGACUUCAUCUCGCUAAGUAAUAACAACCAGCAGCGUAACUCCCACUUAAGUCAGAUCGUUAACAACAAUAACAACAGCAACAGUUUGGACGCGGACAUUGUGGACAAUCGACUGAAACCCACGGAUCCCAGUUGGAUCUUGCAGCCGUAUACGCAACCGUUGCCGGAUGAAACUCGCGUCGUACAAAAAUCGGAUUGCAUUCACACAGAUAAGCUGCCCGUCUACAAAAUGCAAUCGCAACACAAUCGCGGUGUCCUGCUCAUUGUGAACAUCAUUGAUUUUCCGAAUAUCGACAGAAAGCGGAAAGGUGCUGAGGGCGAUGGCAAGUCAUUGAUACAUGUGUUCCGUGAGUUUGGCUUCACCGUCUUCAACUAUGACAACCUCAAUCAGGAGGAGUUCUUCAGCACACUGCAGAAACUCACCAAAUCCGAGUAUGUGCAACGUACCGAGUGUUUUGUCCUUGUGCUCAUGACCCACGGCAUGCGGGUGAAUGAAAAGGAUCGCGUAGAGUUCAAGGAUGGAUCCAUCUGUGAUGUGACCAAGAUCACCGAGCAUUUCCAGGCGGACAAGUGCCCACACCUACACGACAAACCCAAGGUGCUAAUAUUUCCCUUUUGUCGCGGCGAACAACCCGAUGCGGGUCGCCAUGUGCAGCUGAUGCCGCAGCCACAGCCACAAAUAGAUACUGACAGCAUCAGCAGCACAAACAUCAAUGUUCCCACUCUCAACAAUCUGCUCGUUGCCUACGCUAGCAUCCCGGGUUAUGAGACGCAUCGGGAUGAAGAAACCGGCAGUUGGUAUAUACAGAAGUUGUGUGAUAUUUUUGCUCGAAAUGCGCACAACACUUGCUUGGAGGAUAUGCUGAAGUUGAUCCAAGAUGCGGUGGGCAACAUGCGGACCAGAGAAGGCAAUCUGCAGACGGCGCAAUACGAGAACAACGGCUUCAGCAAGAAGCUGUACUUCAAUCCCGGUUUCUACCUCGGAAAAAACAACACUGCCAACUGAGAUUAUGUUGAGCACAAUCCUCACAUUCCUCAACUCUCCACAGUCUGAUUUGAUACAUUUGCAUUUAAACUCGUUCUUGUUCGCGUUCGCUCGACGUUCUAUAUCUAUAUCUAUAUCUUCUAGCCUCCUUUUAUACACAUGUUUGUAUUAUUAUGAAAGCUACUCAAAAGAGUAGAAGGGAAAUACUUAAAGUGCAAGGAAAGCAUUUGCAUUUAUAUAUAUCGAUCAGAGAUUAUAAGAACUGAACUUGAUUUAUAAUUCAAGAACUCUUAUUAGAGAGAAGCUUUUUGCUGCUCUGAAUAUUAAAGUUAUUCAAGAAUAGAAUCAGAGUCAUAUCGUAUUAUUUGCAUUGCUUUGAUUGCACUUCAUUUUUCCCUUAGCUUUCUUCUUUGAUCUACAUAUUUCUAUUUUUAUUUUCUAUAUAUAUAUAUGUGAUUGUUCUAUUGCUCAAAUCCCAAGCGUGGGAAGAAAAACAUUUGCAAUAUCUUAAAGUAAAUAUUUUCUCCCCGCCUCUUUUGUUUAAACAGCAAUAUCUCAGAGAUUAUUAAAGCAAAUUUUGUGUGCUCUAAGCAAAUUAAAUUUGCUUUUACAAUACAAAUAUUUAGCUACCCUUACUUAAAAGUAAUUCAAUAACUCUUGAUCUUCGUAUAUAUCUUCCAUUUCUGUAUUUUAUAUUGUAUAUGUGAUUGUUCAAGUCCCGCGUCUGCCAAUGUGAAAUACUCACGUAUUAUGAUUAUACAUACAUAUAUAUUUUAUACAUACAAACUAUGCUUUGUACAAUAAACUUUUUUAAAA